UUUUUCCAAUUCCCCAUUUGUCCUCACUUUCUCUCUAUUUCUCUAUUUCCCAAUGGCUUUCUUUCGAAAUUCCAUUUUUUUCACUGUCCUCCUGGCCACGGCGGCGGCGGUGGAAUUGGAGGCGGAUCAGGAAGCGCGGCGGAGAGAGGGCGAUAGAGUCACCGGUUUGCCAGGGCAGCCGCCGGUCAACUUCAGCCACUACGCCGGCUAUGUGAAGCUCCGUCCGGACCAACCACAGGAGCAAAAGGCAUUGUUCUAUUGGUUCUUCGAAGCACAUGAAGCGAAGGAUGUCGGUUCCAAGCCCCUCGUUCUCUGGCUCAAUGGAGGACCAGGGUGCUCAUCCAUAGCCUAUGGAGCUGCCCAAGAGUUGGGUCCCUUUCUUGUUCAAAGCAAUGGCCAAUUGAAACUCAAUGAUUUCUCUUGGAACAAAGCUGCAAAUAUGCUGUUUUUGGAGGCACCAAUAGGAGUGGGAUUUUCAUACACAAACAAAUCAACAGAUUUAGAAAAGCUUGGAGAUAAAAUCACUGCCCAAGAUUCUUAUGCUUUUCUUAUUGGUUGGUUCAAAAGAUUUCCAAAUUUCAGACUUCAUCAUUUCUAUCUUGCUGGAGAGAGCUAUGCUGGUCAUUAUGUUCCUCAGCUAGCUGACCUGAUUCAUGAAAGAAACCAAAAUUCUUCAAAGGAUACUUUUAUUAAUCUCAAGGGUUUCAUGAUGGGGAAUGCAGCAAUUGAUGAUGAAAGAGAUUCAAAGGGAAUGGUGGAAUAUGCAUGGAGCCAUGGGAUAAUUUCAGAUAAACUAUAUCACAACAUAAUGAAUGAAUGCUCAUUCACUCCUGAUUCCAACUCCACUAACCAAACAGCAGCAACUCAUUGUGAAGAACAUGCCAGAGGCUUUACUUUAGCUUACUCUGACAUUGAUAUUUAUAGCAUUUAUUCUCCUAUUUGUCUCUCUUCUUCUUCUAACUUUACUUCUCCAACACUUCUCACUGCUACUCCUCGAAUCUUCUCCAUGCACGAGCUAUGGCAUCAACUUCCAUUGGGGUAUGAUCCAUGUACUGAAGCUUAUGCAAAUAAGUUUUUCAAUAGAGAAGAUGUUCAAAGGGCUCUUCAUGCUAAUGUUACCAAACUCUCAUAUCCUUAUACUCCUUGCAGUGGUGUGAUUCAACGGUGGACUGACUCACCUAGUUCUAUUUUGCCUACCAUUCAAAAGCUUCUCAAUGCUGGUUUGCGUAUUUGGGUUUAUAGUGGAGACACGGAUGGACGAGUACCGAUAACAUCAACCAGAUAUAGCAUAAACAAGAUGGAGUUAGAAGUUGAAGAAGAGUGGAGGGCAUGGUACCACAAACAAGAAGUAGCUGGUUGGGUUGAAACCUACAGAGGAGGGCUCAUAUUGGCUACUGUGAGAGGGGCAGGCCAUCAAGUCCCUGUCUUUGCUCCUCAGCAAUCUCUCUCCCUUUUCUCUCAUUUCCUUUCUGCCAACACUUUGCCUUCCUCUCGCUCUUAAAUUGUCGAGUGUCAGAUCCUUGUGAUAACUGUUUUUUUUUUCAAAAAAAAAAAGAAAGAAAGAUUACUCGUUAAUAA